AUGACAGAUCGAAGACGCAAGCGGAAAACUACCAACAGCUUUGUUGAUGACACGGUCAUGGAUUUCAAUGCUGUUGACCCCACUCAAGCUCGCAGGCGGAGCGAAGGUAGCGAGCAGGAGAGCAGAAAUCGACACGAGUCAUGGAUGUCCGAAGUCUCCCUAGCCAUGAGCUCUCGACUUUUCUCGGGAGGAAAGAAACUCAACAGCUCUCGUAGUAGUACACAGGUGAUGCCAAUCGCUGCGAUCCAAGGUGACAAUAGCAGGAUGUCGGAGGGCCGCAUGUCCUCGUCAUCGCUGCAGGAAACAGAGCUGCCACAAACGAUUUCAACGUCUUCAACCGGUCAACCGCCGCUGCGUCAAGUUGCGUCAGAUAGAACUUUGACCAGCUCUACAAGUUUACGCUGCACGUCUGAAGUAUCCGCGUUCGUGUCGUGUCCAAGCGUAAUUUGUGAUAUUACACCAGACGACAGUGAUGAUAGCCUUCCAGACAGAUCUCGCCGGCCUUCGAAUGGCUCGAGACACAGUCAGCAAAGGAACAAUGCUCGCAGACAACGCUCUAGCACUGUGGUGCAGAAAGUGAGACCACGAGAAAAUGACGACGAUGAAGACGAUGUCAAGAUGAUAACCACGUGGACUCAAGUGACUAAUAUCGGUGCUUACUCGCGUGGCACUUGUGAAGCUAACGAUUCCGAGAUUAAUGUGCAGGAUGCAGCACCAAUUCUAAAGGGAUUCUUCAGCAAAACCGUGACUACGGAGCGUGAACGAUGGGAAAACGACUUCGAGGAUGAGAUGCGAGUGCUCAGUGCUGCUUUCCGAAAGGCACAUGCCUCUGAGAAGAACCGACCGAUGACUACUGCAGGACUCGCCGUACCUGAAGCGCUUUCGCAGCUAGAACGCGAUGCAUCCAACUUCGAAAAGCGAAAACGACGACCAAGCGAGCGGACCUCUUCCCCCUGA